AUGAAUGGCAGAUCUCAAUCUUCUUCAGUUCCGGGAGAUUCUCAACAUAUCCAAAAAAAUUCUGGAGAUAUUCCAUCUUGUGUCGAUGAAAAUAACCGUGCUGGUUCAGAAGGUUCUAUAACCCCAACUAAUCCCGAUCGUAAUAGUCCAACAUAUGAAUCUUCAAAGUCAACAGUAUUAUCAUAUAUAAAACGCGAGCCUGUCCAACUUUCUGCCUUGAAAUCAACUAAAUCCUACCCAGGUAGUCAUUUAGCUGAGAGUUUAUAUUCAUCAACCGGAACUCUUUCGAGACUCGGUAAACCUGCACCACCACCACCUGUUCGUAAAACGUCUUCAAUUUCAGACCCGAAUGCCAUUACAUUAGGAACACUUAGAAGUGCAGGAGUAUCUACUUACGAAGAAAUUAAAACACUAAAGCGCCAUUCUCGUAAUCGUAGCGGUGGAUCGAGUUUUAAUACUUAUGAAGAAUUGAAUUCUGAUAAAAAUGCCAUUUAUUAUGCUGCUAGAAAAAGUUGUCUUUCAACCUCACUAACUUCCCUAGUGGAGCCUAUUUACUCAACUCUUGAUUCUAAUAAUACUGGUACUGCGAACUAUUACGAUUCUAAAAUCGUUACUGUUAAUUCUUUGGGGAAUCAAGAAAAACAAGAUGCAAGUAAAUCUUAUUCACAGAUCUACAAUGCACCGCAUCAUCCUGCAUCAUCUCAACAGUCAUCAAAUGAUGAUGAUGUUUUACCUCCACCGCCUCCAGAAGCUUAUUCUGAUUCUGAGAAUCAGCAUAUUCAUCCAUCAAAUACUAAAAUUAAUUGUUCGAGAAGAGAAUUUUUGCAAACAUUGAAUGCCAAAUUGUCUGUAUUUCAAAAUCAAAGAUUGAGUCCUAAACUUGCGAAAAGGCGAAGUAUGUCAUUACCUCACUCAGAUCAAGAAUGGGACUCUGAUUCUGGAAUUACAUCUCAAUCCACAUCGUCUAAUAAGUCAAGUCCUCGUGGAUCUACAUCAAGUCACUCGGAGUCUUUUGCCCAAUCCUUAGUUAAACGUCUUAGUGCUUAUGGUGGUCGAAACAGUAAUAGCAAUAGCAUCAACAAUGGAAGUCAAGUAGAUUCGAGUAGAAGCCGAGCUAAUCAUGGAAAUAAUCAAAGCAACACAAACAACAAUAGUCAUGCAAUUUAUAGCUCAUUCUUCUUUGGACGGAACAAAGCUGGCGAAUCGGAUUCCAAAAAUGUGCCACAAAAUUAUGGACAUGGUGAUGUUGAUGAUUAUUCUUUGUCUAAAAUGAAGAUGAAUUCUAGUCAACACAGUGAAGUCGCUAAAGCGGCUGCAACCGAAGCUAUAAGAAGAAAAAAGUCACAAUCUGAAUGCUCACUGGAAUCGAAUAUCAGAGAAAGUAACUCGCAAAUCAAUCCUGAAUCACAUCCACCAAGCGUUAUGCAUGCUUCAGCAAGUGAAAACUCCAGUAGUAAUUGCAUGGACAGAAUCUACCGUAGCCAUCAACAUUAUCUGUCUCAUUAUAAUCAUCAACAUCAUCCUAGUAAUCCAUUUCACCAGAAUUAUGCGAGUGAAAAUAUGCAAACCGAAAAUGUAUAUACAACAAGAAACCAAAGUGUCUAUCAAUCAACAUCUAACCAACCUAAUGCUUACUUACCAGGACCUUACUCAGGAUCUCAUGCUAAUCAUCAGCAAAAGAUAUAUUCUCAAACAGCAAUGUACUCAGCACCAAACAGUUACUUAAAUAAUAAUGGAUACAAUCCACCAAAAGGACCUAAUAAUAAUACAAUGAGCCGAUCAGAUAUUGGUAGCAGUGUUUCAUCUUCUUCAGUCGAACAAUCUCAACAUAUCCAAGAAAAUUCUGGAGAUAUUUUAUCGGAAAGUAACCGUGCCUGUUCAGAAGGUUCUAUAACCCCAACUAAUCCUGAUCGUAAUAGUCCAACAUAUGAAUCUUCAAAGUCAACAGUAUUAUCAUAUAUUAAACGUGAGCCUGUCCAACUUUCUGCCUUGAAAUCAACUAAAUCCUACCCAGGUAGUCAUUUAGCUGAGAGUUUAUAUUCAUCGACCGGAACUCUUUCGAGACUCGGUAAACCUGCACCGCCACCACCUGUUCGUAAAACGUCUUCAAUUUCAGACCCGAAUGCCAUUACAUUAGGAACACUUAGAAGUGCAGGAGUAUCUACUUACGAGGAAAUUAAAACACUAAAGCGCAAUUCUCGUAAUCGUAGCGGUGGAUCCAGUUUUAAUACUUAUGAAGAAUUGAAUUCUGAUAAAAAUGCCAUUUAUUAUGCUGCUAGAAAAAGUUGUCUUUCAACCUCACUAACUUCACUAGUGGAGCCUAUUUACUCAACUCUUGAUUCUAAUAGUACAGGUACUGCGAACUAUUACGAUACUAAAAGCGUUACUGUUAAUUCUUUGGGGAAUCAAGAAAAACAAGACUCUAGUAAACCUUACUCGCAGAUUCAAGAUCCAAAACAACAUCCUACAUCUUCAGUGGCAUUCACUGUUUUUUAA